AAGACCAACUCAUUUGCUAAUUUUCUACUUGCACUACUCCCGUUCUAGUUCAAUAAUAUUUCUUACUAAUUAACGAACCCUUUUCAUAUAUCUUGUUUAGUAAGAUAAAAAUGGCUAUGUCUGGAUUUGAAGGGUUUGAGAAGAGACUAGAGCUUCAUUUCUCCGGCGAUGAUCCGGUGAACGGAAUCAGUCUCCGGCAGCUGGAUUUUGAGUCAAUAGAGGAGGUGUUGCAUGCAGUGCAAUGCACAGUGGUAUCAGCUGUGGGGAACCAGUAUUUUGAUGCCUACGUAUUAUCAGAAUCGAGUCUCUUCGUUUACCCUACAAAGAUCAUCAUCAAGACUUGUGGGACUACUCAGCUGUUAAAAUCCAUCUGUCCAUUGCUGCACUUGGCUUGCGAUAUUGGCCUCACCUUGAGUGUGUGUAGGUACACCAGAGGUAGCUUCAUUUUCCCCAAAGCUCAGCCUUACCCUCAUUCAAGCUUCAAGGAAGAAGUUAUCUACUUGGAAGAGAGUUUGCCUAGCCAUCUUUGUUACAGGAAGGCCUCAGUUAUGCCUUCAAAGAUGUCUUCUCAUUCAUGGCAUGUUUUUUCUGCAUGUGAUGAGUCUCACAUGUUGAUGCAAAACUUUGAGAGCGACCAUCAAGAUAUUUUCACUGUUGAAGUUUGCAUGACGGAGCUGGAUCGUGUUCUCGCUCGUAAGUUUUACCGGCAUCCAAACGACGGAAAAAACGGCGACACAGCCGGAAAGGAGAUGACGGAGAUAACAGGGAUUGUGGAUAUUAAUCCUAAUGCACUUAUUUGCGACUUUGCAUUUGAUCCAUGUGGCUAUUCCAUGAAUGGAAUUGAUAAUGACCGUUACUCUACCAUCCACGUAACCCCGGAGGAUGGUUUCAGUUAUGCAAGUUUUGAGUUUGUUGGUUCCAUUUAUGAUGAUCAUAAUGCUAUUGUGGAGGUGUUAAAGAAGGUGGUGCAAGUUUUCCGGCCGGGAACAAUGUCGGUGGCGACGACCAGCACUGGUCAUGAAGCAUGGACAAAGGUUGCCAGUGCAGUGGAGCCAGUGGGGAUGAAAUGCAGGAGUUGCACGGUGGACGAGUUCCCAGCAGCAGGCACCGUCGUGUUUCAAACUUUCACGCCUCGUCGGAAAUAGCUUGUAAGUGGUGGCGAUAAAGGGUGGUGGUCCAACAACCAGUAGAUAUGUG